AUGAAUCUUAUUAGUGGAAUAAGUAGUUUACUUGCUAUUGGUAUAUUAACACCAGUACAAAGUAUACUAUGUUUAAUAAUUUUAUUUGUAAGUACUGCUAUAUGUUUAUAUAGUCAAGGUUUUGUAUUAAUGGGGAUAUUAUAUGUUCUUAUAUAUGUAGGAGCUAUAGCUAUAUUAUUCUUAUUUAUAUUAUCAUUAUUAAAAAUAGAAUAUACACCUCAAGGAACUAUUACACCUUUAAUAGUUACUUUAUUAGCAAUAUGUUUAAUACCUUUAGAUAUUACAUACGAAACAUAUGGAAUAGUAACACAAAUAGAAAAUGUUACAGAUGAAUUAGUUAUAGUUGGUAAUCAAUUAUAUACUGAAUAUGCAAUAUUAUUAAUAUUAACAGGUAUAAUAUUAAUAUUAUCAGUUAUAGGGGCAAUAAGUAUUACUAAAUAA